AACACUUGCGUAGUCAAAGAUACAUACUGCGUGACACACCUUUAUGCCGAGCGUAGAGAAAGUUGGUCCAAGACUUCUUACAACGUCAAAGUGGCUCAACCUGAAAAUUUGUUUCAAUCCGAGUGUGGUAUGUACGAGCAUAUGGGUUUGCUCUGCUGCCAUGCCUUACGGGUAAUGGCACACCUGAAGUUCACGAACAUACCAGAAGCACACAUCAUGAGUAGGUGGACUAAAAAUGCAAGUGAAGAUCUACCCGAGCAUUUGAAAAUUUACAAGGGGCGCACACCUAUCCUUGAUUCAACUACAUUCAGGCAUACAACACUUUACACCACAGCUCUUGAUAUAGUAAAGAUGGGUGACAGCAACCCUGAGGCAUUCACGUUUGCAAUGUCCAGAUUAUCUGAUACAAGGGUUGGCCUCAAAGAAAAGGCAAAAGAGCAGGAUGGCAAAGGACUUGAGGAUGUUCUACACAAAGAAAACAGUGAUGGCCAACGUAAAUUUAACGAUGACACUGGGCUCAAAUCAUCAAUGAGCGUAGAAUUUCACAAGAGAGAUCGUGGCCGACCAACCAACGCAAGAUCUAGACCAGGAUAUGAAGUUAGUAAGCCAAGAACAAAGUUCUGCAAGACUUGCCGGGGAAAGGGACACAACUCUGGUAAUUGCCCAACAAACGGUGGACCAAACAAGAAGCAACAGAAGGAACCCAAGUGUGGUAAGUGUGGCUUGCUUGGUCACAUUAGGACACAAUGCAGUCGUGGAUUCGAAUCGUGGUUUCAAUGACGGAGUAAAACAAAUACCUGACAUCAACUCGAUGUCCCAAACAAUAUAAGGCAAUGCAGUGUUUACCCCUUUUGGUGUAAGAUCGUAGUUGUAUUAGAUAUGUGUGUGACUCAGACAUUUGUUACAAUCCAUUAUGAAGGUUUGAUA